CAGUAUGUAUGUAGUGUUAUUCCUUCAAUUGCCCGAUCCACACUCUCGAUCCCUUAUUCACAUGAUAUACUAUACACAGCCCAAUGCAAAAUGCUGAGCUCAUCACCAAUUUUUUCGCAAUUUCAUAUUCCAUCCGGAUUUCCGGACAUCAUCUACUAUUCAUCUCCCUUCCCCAAGCUUAACUACUUUCCUCACCAAACCACCCGCCGUACUAGUAGUAGCAUCUCACUCGCUCGCUCGCUCGCUCGCUCCUCCAGCUUCAAACUCUCCUACAUUCCCUCCCUCCCUUGCACAUCUAUCUACAACUUCAAAUUCUCCCUCCUUGUUGCAUUGCAUUGCAUUGCAUUGCAGUAGCUUGAUCGAUCAUCUUGAAAAAGCCUAGCUAGGCAGUAGCCAUAUACCUGCACAACUACUCUUCACAAGCCUACUAGCUGCUGCAACGGUGUCGUCGUCAUCGUCGUCGUCAUCAUCGUCAUGGGGCGAAGGACCAAGCAGUCAUCGUCGUCGUCAUCCUCGUCGUCGUUUUGGUACUCCACGCGGAGACGUUCCACCUCGGCGCCUGCCACGCCGAGGCCGGAAGAACCAGCGACGGCGACGACGGUGGCGGCAGGAGAGCCACCCAUCGGGUGCAUGUCCAUGGUGCACUACCUCAUCUUCGCCCCGGGCGCCGGCUGCGUCGGCCGCCCACCCACUUCCUCCUCCAACGCCGCCGUCGUCACGCCGCACCACUGCCACGGCCUCGCCGCCGGCGGCGGCGGCGACAGCAGCCACCGCCGGGCCGACGACAGCAGCAAGAGCGGGUUCGAGGCGCCCAGGAACAGCCUCGACGACCUCGUCGACGCCGACAACCCCAACGACAUCCAGAUUGGCGUGCAGAUCGAGCCGGUGUUCGACGCCCUGGCCAGCAGGUCGACGACGACGAGCAUGCGCCGCUCCACCACCAAGCCCACCGCGCCGUCGUCGGAGGCCGAGACGCCCAGGACGCCCAGCCUCGUCGCGCGUCUCAUGGGCAUCGACGGCCUGCCGGAACAUCAGCAGCAACCGUCUUCGCCGGCGCAGCACAAGAAGACCGGCAGAAGAUCAACCACCACCUCCACGGGCAAGGAGAACAGCAGCUGCUGCUGCUCCCCGCCGGCGGCGUCCAAGGUGGUGGAGGAGAAGAAGAAGCGCGUGAUCCCGGAGUCCAUGAACCGGCGGCGAGAGCCGCUGCGCAGCCUCAGCUGCAACGUCGCCGUCGUCGAGGCACGGUCGCUCCCGGACACGCCGCGCGCGUCCACGUCGGCAAGGGCGUCGUGGGACGGGCCUCGGCUGUCGCUGCAGGCGCUCAAGGAGAACGUCCUCGACCGCGCCGCGCAAUACAUGUCCAUGCCUAGCUCGCCCACCUCCUUCUCCACUUCCGGCAACAACAACAAGAAAAAGAAGGAUACUGCCUGCCGCCGCCGCCGCCGGGACGAGAAGGCGGCCGCCGCCAAGGAGCACGCGCGCGAGAUCCUUCGCCAGGCCAAGGAGACGGUCGCCAGCCGCAAGUCUGGCAAGAAUAACAACGCAUCCUUGUCGCCGGCGGCGGACAAGAAGCAGAGCUGCUUUAACAACAAGGAGAACGUGAUGAUGAUGAGUAGUCCUGCUCCUGCAGCAGCUCCGCCUGCACCGGCCAUGGAGGACGCCAAGCUGCGUGUCGUGGUUCAAGUUCAACAAACUGCCAAGCCGACGACGACGGUGGCUCCAAAGCCGCCAAGCGCCGAGCAUCACAGCCCCAGGGUGCCGCUGGCGCCGAGGCAGCAGCAGCAGCCGUCCCCUCCCCCGCCGCCACCUCAGCGGGCGAAGCCGUCGCGGCCACCGCCACCUCCGCCUCCGCUGGACCCGCCGCCCACCCGAGCGAGGAAACCCGACGGGUGCGAGCGCUUCGCGACGCGGAUCAAGAAGCCCGCGGCAGCGUCCGCGCCGACGACGUCGUCGUCGACAUCUCCGACGGACGGGUGCUCGGGGGCAGCAGCAGCAGCCGCCGCCCGCGCCCGCGUUUCGUCCUCGCCGCCGACGCUGGAGGAGGACCCCGAGUACAGAUACCUACGGACAGUGCUGGAGCGCGGCGGGUUCAUGCGGUCGUCGCCGCCGCCGCCGCCUCGUCGGCCAUGGCGAGGCCACUCAUCAAUGGCAUCGCCAGUGGACCCGAUCGUGUUCCACCUCCUGGAGCUGGAGCUUCCCGCCGACGAAGCACGUCUAGGCGCGCUCCGACACCGGUGGAACCGGAAGCUGCUGUUCCACCUGACACAGGAGGUCCUAGCGGACCUGCUGGUAGGCCUGGACGACGCCGCCUCAUCAUCAUCGUCGACGACGACGACGACGACGGGGGGGUUACCGCCGUUACCGCUGCUAGGGAAGGUGUGGAGAAAGGUGCGGAGCUUCCCGGCGGCGAAGUGCCGGGUGGUGGGCGACAUCGACGCGCUGGUGGGCGCGGACCUGCUGGCGUCGUCGAACGUGCGGCGCCGGCGGCUGGCGCGGCGGCACCCCGCGGUGGAGGAGGAAGCGGGCGACGUGGCGGAGGAAGUGGCGGACCGCGUCCUGGACGCGCUCCUCGCGGAGUGCGUGGCGGAAUCUGUUUCUCUCCACUCCUGCGCCGCCUUGUCGUCGUCACGUGCGGCGGCGAGGUAGCCGGUGGGGGUGGGCGUAUACGUGACGUCACUACGGCAGGGGAUCUCGACGGGAACAGCGGGCGGUGCCGGCAGGAGGCAGGAGACCAUGCCCUGUUUCUCUGCGGGGUGGGACCGGAUCGGGGUGCCAGACAGAGAAGCACGCAGCUUCUCUGUUCAACGGUCGUGAUGGGAACGUGGCGGUGCCUGACCACGCCUCGAGAUGCGUGCUGCCGCCGCCGUGGCAGGGGCUGGCGGUUUGCCGGCGUAUCCCCUGUUCACCUGUACUGUACAACCUCUGUACGUAGUACAUCCCUCGGAAUUUUGUCUCGUCGUUUGGUUUUUUGCCUAGCUUGGAGUUUGGAGUUUUAAUUUGUUGGCCAUGCAUAUGUAUCGUACUGUAGUAUACUGGUAUAUAUACAUGGAGCAGGUAGCUACUACUACUACUA